AUGUUUUUCAGAGAAGUUUCAGUCGGCAACAAACAUCAAAGAUCUCACACACAGGAGAAGCCAUUUCCUGAUCCUGAGUGCGGGAAAUGUUUUUCACGAAAAUACCAUCUAUUACACACAUCAAGAUCUCACACAGGAGAAGCCGUAUUCCUGUCCGCGGAGGUGCGGGAAGUUUUUUUCACAAAAAAUACCAUCUUUACACCCAUCAGAGAUCUCACACAGGGAGAAGCCGUAUUCCUGUCCCGAGUGUGUGAAAAUGAUUUUUUCCACACCAAGUCCCAGUCAUUACACUCAUAA